AUGGCGGCGUCAAGGAAAAAGUGGACGAAACAGUUCCACGAACCUUACACAGUAUCUGUAAGGUUCGUGGAACUGUAUGAAAAAGAACAAGUGUUGUGGAACGUGCGACUCAAAGACUAUAAAAACAAAGAUGCCCGGAAUGCCGCUAUUCAGCGCAUUAUACAUAACCUCAAUAUGGAGGUUACAAUUCAAGAGGUGAACAAGAAAAUAAAUAACAUUCGUAGCACACACACCCAGGAAAAAGUAAAAAUUAAAAAAUCUACCGGGACCGGAUCAGGAGCUAAUGAUGUGUAUGUUCCUUCGUUGGCUUGGUACGAAAUCGCCGACAGAUUUUUAUCUGGGGUCAUAAAAAGCAGGAAAACUUAUCAGAAUGUGGAGAAUUCAGAUAACAGCUCUUCAGAUCCAGACGUUCCAGCCACACCUUCACCAGACAUUCCAGCCCCACCUUCACCAGACAUUCCAGCCGCACCUUCACCAGACAUUCCAAUCGCCCCUUCACCAGACAUUACAAUCGCCCCUUCACCAGGCAUUCCCAUCGGCCCUUCACCAGAUAUUCUCCACGAACCUUCAUCGGACAUACCAGGACCUCUUCCGCUACCGGCAGAUCUUCAAAUGCCAUCAUCUUCCCAGCAGUUAAAUAGUGAAAUAUUCGUUAAGCCACAAAAUAUUAUCAAGAAGAAGCGACCACUUAAACGACCAUUAGUACCUCAACAUAUCGAGAAGUCUAUUGAAACACUUAAUAGUAUCCAGGACCAAGUACUGUGUCAUAAAGAAAUAGAAGAUGAAUUCUCCCUUUUCGCCAAAAAUAUCGCCAGCCAGCUCCGACAAUUGCCCCUAAUAGAUGCUCUAGAUGUUCAGUCUGAAAUAAUAGAAAUAGUAAAACGGAAAAGAAUAAAUCGAAUGCAAUUGGAAAACAAUUCUACGACAUCAAAUGAUAUUCAUUUGCAAUACACAUUUGAAAUACUAAAACAUUUAUUCAAUAAUCUUGAAUCUCAGAUUCAUAUUCAACGUGACGCAACAAGCCAAGAAACAUCACCAGAAUUUGUAGUAGAUGAUCAAUUACAAGAAGCAAUUCGAAGCAUUGGUGGGAUUCAAAAUAAUGAGAAUUAUCGCUAUUUUGUUAAACAAUAA